GGCGCGAUGGUGAGGCACCGGGGUGAAGCGAGGCCUGGGCUGCUGGAGCGGGAAUGAGGGGGCGCCGGUGGCUCCGGAAACGGGGGAGGUUGUCUCCACUGGCCUCUCCGCAAACACAGGGUGUGCGGGCGUGAGGACUGCGAGUCUGGUAGAGAAAAGUCCGCGGCCGCCGGUUCCCGCGACGCGGGCGAGGUUAAGGCGGCUUCCUGAGGAUGACUUCAACCUUAAAGGGGGAUGGCAGGAGCUGGCUGGCUGAAGCACAGUUUCUGUCCCAGGGGUUGGGAGAGGUUCCGGUUCUGUGGCGAUCUGGACUGUCCCGACUGGGUCCUGGCAGAGAUCAGCACACUGGCCAAGAUGUCCUCUGUGAAGUUGCGGCUGCUCUGCAGCCAGGUACUAAAGGAGCUGCUGGGACAGGGGACUGAUUAUGAGAAGAUCCUGAAGCUCACGGCUGACACCAAGUUUGAGUCCGGCGAUGUGAAGGCCACAGUGGCAGUGCUGAGCUUCAUCCUCUCCAGUGCGGCCAAGCACAGUGUUCAUGGCGAAUCCUUGUCCAGUGAACUGCAGCAGCUGGGGUUGCCCAAAGAGCACGCGGCCAGCCUGUGCCGCUGUUACGAGGAGAAGCAAAUUCCCUUGCAGAAGCACUUGCGGGUCUGCAGCCUCCACACAAAUAGGUUGGCAGGUGUGGGCUGGCGGGUAGACUACACCCUGAGCUCCAGCCUGCUGCAGUCUGUGGAAGAGCCUAUGGUGCACCUGCGCCUGGAGGUGGCAGCUGCCCCAGGUACCCCAGCCCAGCCUGUUGCCAUGUCCCUCUCAGCAGACAAGUUCCAGGUCCUCCUGGCAGAGCUGAAGCAGGCCCAGACCCUGAUGAGCUCCCUGGGCUGAGGAGAAGGGAGUUACAGGCCUGUGUGGAGCCGCCUUAACCUAUACGGAGUCAUGCUGUCUGCACUGCUCUUCAGGAGGUGCCUGGCUUCUAGGAAACUGGGGCCCUAGCUGGGCUCUGGCCUCCCAGAUCCCGGCUGCCUGACUUCUCUCUUGAGAGCUCGGCUUAGGGCUCCUGAGGACCUUUCCCAACAUUCCCUUCCCUUCCCUUGAAAGGCAGUUGUUGGCCGUUUUCGUGAGCAGGAAAAAUAAACAGAAGCAAAAGGAA